GCGGCGCCAGGAGGCACCCCUGGCCUUAGGUGUAAGCCGGGCAGUUGCCGCGCGUACUUUUCCUGCCGCCAGCCCGCGGGGGCCUCCAUCUCCAGUCGCCAUGCUCCCUCGGCACCGGGCCCGCCUGCUCUUUCCCCUCCUCCUCCUCCUCCUCCUCGUGGGCUGCGGGGUUGAGAGCCGGUCACAGGAGGAGGAAGAGCGGGGGAGUGACGGCGAAACUCCGUUCCGGACGCUGCAGCUUGAAACCCUGGUGGCGCCCCCCGACGGCUGCGUGGAGCGCUCGGCGAUAGGCGACACGAUUCAAAUCCACUAUACGGGUAGCCUUGAAGAUGGCCGCAUUAUUGAUACCUCACUUUCCCGUGAUCCGUUGCAAGUGGAGCUGGGAAAACGACAAGUCAUUCCAGGGUUGGAACAGAGUCUGCUGGAUAUGUGUAUUGGGGAGAAACGAAGAGUCAUCAUCCCCCCUCACCUGGCAUACGGCAAACGAGGAUCCCCACCAGCCAUUCCAGCUGAUGCAGUCCUGCAGUUUGAGGUGGAGCUGGUAGGGCUUUCUCGAGCCACCUAUGGGCAGAAGCUGGUCAACAACGUGCUGCCCAUGUUGUGCAUGGUGCUUGUUCCAGGGCUGCUGGGGCUCAUUGGCUACCACCUCUACCACAAGGCCCAGACGCCCCGGGUGUCCAAGAAGAAACUCAAGGAGGAGAAGAGAAACAAGGCCAAGAAAAAAUAAAGCUGCUCUUGAUCUUUUUUCAA